AUGAGCAGCCUCCCAACAACGCAGAAGGCCGUUGUCAUUGAGACAACCGGUGGUCCAGAGGUCCUGCAAUACCGAACUGACUACCCGGUGCCCCAACUGGCCGAAGGCCAGUUGCUGGUUAAAAACAGCGUCUGCGGUAUCAACUACAUCGACACCUAUUUCCGUACUGGUCUCUAUCCCUCACCCAAGCCGGAGGUUCUGGGUCGUGAGGCAGCAGGCACAGUCGUUGCCGUGGGACCAGGCUCGCCAAACCCCUAUGGCCUGAAAGUGGGCGAUCGCGUGGUGUGGAUGUCGAACUCUGGAUAUGCCGAGUACACUGCUGUUCCGGCGAAAAGUGCUGUCAAGCUUCCCGAUGGAGUCUCAGAGGAAGAUAUUGUUGCCUCUUUCUUGAGCGGACUUACCGUCUUGACUUUAGUCAAGGAGACUUAUGCUGUUCAAAAGGGCGACAUAGUUCUCGUGCACGCUGCUGCCGGUGGAGCGGGAUUUUUGAUGGUCCAAAUCCUCAAAACGCUCGGUGCUAUUGUCAUUGGUACGGCCGGAGGACCUGAAAAGGUCGCGUUGGUGAAGGGUCUAGGUGCUGACCACGUCAUUGACUACCGUAGCGAAGAGGGCAAGGACUGGGUCAAAUUGGUCAAGGAGAUAACCAAUGGCCGCGGUGUUGACGUUGUCUAUGAUUCGGUUGGCAAGGAUACCUGGGAAGGCAGUCUAGAGGUUGUGAAAAGAAAGGGCUUUAUUACUUGGUUUGGCAAUGCUAGUGGCCCAGUUCCACCUUUUCCCAUCCAGCGUCUUGCAGCGAAAUGUAUCACCAUUGCUCGUCCCAUGCUCAACGGCUACCUCGAGACAAGGGAAGAAUAUGAGUUUUAUUCCAACCAGCUCUUUGACCUACUGAAAUCCGGCGAGUUGAAGGUUAAAAUCCACAAAAUCUUCCCAUUGGCAGAGGUGCAACAGGCACAUAAGGACCUCGAGGGCAGAAAGACCACUGGGAAAACUCUCCUGAGACCAUGA